UGUUCUGUUGUUUUCCUAAUAAAGUUUAACUUUUUGUAGAUAAAAUUAAUAAAAACGAAACAAAAUAACAAAAUAGUUAUUUUUAAAAUGGAUCAAUUGUAUAUAGAAAUUGAAUUGAGUACAGUAAAACAUGCUGAAACUGAAAUAUUUACCUCGGUACCAUCAUUUGUUGCUCUAUACAUGUAUCGUUAUUUAAAUAGACCGGAGAAUAUCAAAUUAAAUUUUGUAUGUUCUACUCUAUCAUCAGAAAGGGGUAAAUUAAAAUUGCGUUCCGAAUCAUUGAAGCGUGAGCUGACAGAAGACAGAAUUUUAUGCAAAGAUGGCUCUAAACUGGAAGCUAUACGAGAUUUACGUUUGCCCGUAUUUGCCAAAGAAGGAGAUACAUUUAUUGCGGGUAUGUGUGCAGUUUGUAGGGAAUUAAUUGCACGCCACCCUGCAGCAGAACAUCGGAAACUUUUGGGUUUUAAGGAGAGUUGCUUAUUGGCUCCAUCGGAAGCUUCAAUAUGGACCAGGUUUUGUGAAGUUAAUGUAGUGCAAUCGUUAGCGCAUCUUUUGAGUAGUAUUGAGCAACACAAAGACUAUAGUGAGAUGCCAGUGGAAUGUGCUAGAUUUGAGAGACACAUGAAUGAGCCGGUAAGAAUGCAUAAUAUAUACAAAUUGGCAAGGGAAAAGGCAAAUCAAGAUGUGGGCUCUGGAACGGGGAAAGUGGAAAAGAAACGUAAAAAUAAGAUUAAAAUUGAAUGUUCUGUGCCAAAAGAAAGCUUGGCAAUUGAACAUACCUUUGCGGAAGGAGUGGAUUUCACCAUAGCCGAUUUAAUUCUGUAUCCCUGUAUGCGUUUAAUUUAUCAUAGUUUUCCGAACAUGUUGAUACAAUUUCCCUUAACGAAUACCUGGUUAAAUGAGAUUGAUAAUUUUGAUGGUCAGUGCCAACAUGUCUUAAAUAAUCUUUGUAAUUUCCCCUGUAUAAGCAACUUCACAAAUUGUAUGUUUAAAAUACCUGAUUGUGAUGAUACCAGUCUGUAUAAAAGUGAUCCCAAAAGGUAUAAGCCUCGAAAUCGUAUUUUCACAGAACAAUCUGAAGUUGAGUCCACUCUCAAUAAACUUGAAACAUUGAAAAUAAAUUUUACCAGCGACUGUCCAAUUACAUAUGGCCAAUGUCUUAUUGAUUGGCAAGCUAUAGAGCCAACACAUGCUGAGAGUUCGGCCUUGCCACAGGAAAGAUUAUUGAGGAAACGUCAGCAAUUAGAAAAUUUAGCGAAUGCUGUUGCCUCACUUGCUCACCAAGGACAACGGAUAAUCGACUUUUGCAGCGGUACAGGACAUUUGGGUAUUCUAUUGGCUUUAAAAUUACCACAGUGUGAAAUUAUUUUGAUGGAAAACAAAGCCAUAUCACUGCAGAAGGCCAAACAAAGGACCAAUGAUUUAAAAUUGACAAAUUUAAGAUUUUAUCAAUGCAAUAUUGAUUAUUUUGAGGGAGACUUCGAUGUGGGCACAUCCUUACAUGCGUGUGGUACAGCUACAGACAUUGUUUUGCAACAGUGCCAAAGGGCCAUGGCAAACUUUGUUUGUUGUCCUUGUUGCUAUGGUUCUUUGCAACCAAUGCCUCACAUAAAAUAUCCAUUAAGUAAACAAUUUCGCCAGGUACUGACUGAAAAGGACUUUAUGUACGUUGCUCAUACGGCCGAUCAGGCUCAUGCGUUGGGAACUUUAAACUGUAAGCCAGAAACAACUCGACAGGGACAAUUGUGUAUGGAUAUUGUAGAUACAGAUCGCAAACUUCAAGCAGAGGAGGCUGGUUAUGAGGUGCUACUGACACGUCUAAAACCGGAAAAUUGUACACCAAAAAAUCGUCUAUUGGUAGGACGUUUAUCACAAAAAAAAUAAUUCUAACGAUAUUAAACAAGCUCUGUAGCAACGUUCACUUUAAUUGAAUUCAAACUAAUUUUCCUGCAUUUGCUGUUUCCAAAUAAAUUGUCUCAGGCUAUCGUAGGUUAGAUAUCAAAUAUUUUUUUUUACGGAUUUUAUUGUUUUUAAUAAAUAUUUUUAUAAAUUCCAA